AUGGAUGAUACCAGCUCCAACAAAAGCAAAGCCGAGGGAGAAGGCAUCGUGGAGAGGGAGCAGCAGAAUGUCGUCAUGGGGAUGGAGAUACUACAAUGCUCCGUCUGCCGUAAAGUCCUACUACACCUGUGGCCUGAAAUCUUCCAGUGUUCAUGUGGCCAGCUCGUAUGCGAAAAGUGCCAUUCCUCGUCACCUGAGAAGAUGUGCAACGCGUGCUCCCUCCCUUUUUCCCAGCGCGCCUACGGCGUGGAACGCAUGUUCAAAAACAUUGUCUUCCCCUGCAAGUAUGGAUGCGGGAGGACGUCCUCCAGCUACUGGUACAUAAACCAAGAGCACGAGCUCGCUUGUCUGAACGGACCGGCCUCCUGCCCACUCAAGAGCUCUUCUUGUGACUUCAUCGGGCCCAAAGCAGCGCUCCUCGACCAUAUCUACACUGUGCACAAGUUGCUGACGGCGAGUUUCAGGUACGAGGUGCAGUUUGAUCUCCCUGCCGAGCCUGGCUCCCAUCUUCUGCGCAGCGAAGACGACGACCAUGUCUUCGUGCUCACCGUGUCGGAUUCCCUCAGCAGCGGACACUUGGGAGUCUAUAUCAAGCCAGUCGGACGGUUCGAAUCGGAAAAUGAGUACGGCUGCUCGGUGUAUGUCACGUGGGAGGAUACUUUUGGUAGGAGUCAACUCCGGCUCGGAACGUGCAUUAGUAUGCUUUACAGGGAUCAUUCCCAGGACUGCUUGUGCUUCUUCCGCGGACGAAGCGAUCUCGUGAUCCAGGUCGUCAUGCAAAAGAAUUCCAGCAGUGAGCUAGAUGAGGAGGAAGAUUAG